AUGGGGGACUUCGUGGACUUGGGGCCGAAUUUCAGUGAUCAUGAGGACUUGGGGUCGGGUGCCCGUGUUGAAGACUGUCAGUUGAAUGAUGUUGAUCAUGAGGACUUGGACUCAAAUGACUUUGUUCAUGAAGGAUGUGUUCAUGAAGGAUGUGUUCAUGAGGACUGUGUUCAUGAGGACGGUGUUCAUGAGGACGGUGCUCAUGAGGACUGUGCUCAUGAGGACUGUGAAUUGAAUGAUUAUGAUCAUGACUUGGAGUGA